AUGAACCAAGAAACGCCGCAUCACUUUCACGAGACCACCUUGUCUAUUGCCAGUGGGCUUGCCGUAGAAGCGGUAGACUCAAGCGAACUUCGGCCCAGCCUCUCAUUAGGCGACAUAACAAGCGAUGAAUCUCUCCAGUUUACUUCGUUUGAGCCAUUCAGCGGCGAGAACUCCCCUUUUGAAUUCGACGGAUCUCUCGAUUACGUUGGUAAUGGGCUUGGAAGCGGAUGGGUGACUCCCAUUGCAUCUUGCGCCAACUGUAUCACUUGGGGCUAUCAAUGUCAGACAGCACAAGAAUGUGAGUCUCAAGGUCGCUGUAUCCCGUGUGCAUCGCUUGGGUGCGACUGCAGCUUUACCGAAUCCUAUCUAGGUGCACCUGGAGAAGGAAUCAGUAACAUCCUUGAUGGCAGGAGACUGGAGCCAGACAACUUGCAAACGUCUCCCAGAGAAGACACUUUGAAAAGCUCGAGUGACGCAUUCCGCGCCAUCACAGGUUCAAACACCUCGACGCCUCCCCCUCCCAAGAUUGGCACGAGUUUUUCUCGAGAUUCAACUCGAAUAUUAAGGCAAUGGCUGUCUUCGCACACUCACCAUCCAUAUCCGAGUGAUGAAGAGAAAAAGAUUCUGCAGCAUCAGACGGGCCUUAGCAAAAUUCAAAUCACGAAUUGGCUUAUUAAUGCGCGAAGGCGAGGCAAAGUGCAGAAUCGUCAACGAUCCAUCUCACCCUACUCAGGAAGUACAAAAACAACACCAAUCGAUGUUCCUAAGAGGCCGGGGACGCCAGCACCAAGAAACAAUCCACGCCAUCAGGGCCUGAACCCGUUGGAGCGAUGGGUUGACUCCCCCCCGGAACACGAACCAGCAACAGUGACUGCCAUCGCGCGGGCAGUUGCCUCCAGCCAUGCUGGAUCUUCAGGAAAGACUGGACGGCUAAUAGGGUUUGGAGUUACAGACGAUAGUUAUAUCGCCAGCUAUAUUAACGAUGAGCCAGCACGGUCGCUUCGGUCGUCUGCCAGCAGCGCUGGUACCUCUAGCGGAGGCUCAUUUGCUUCUGCAUAUUCCCACAACUCUAGUGGCUCUGUCACGAUUCCUCGCCCACUUCCUCGAGGUCGUAUACGCCAACGGAGACGACCGAAACGAACAUCUUUAGCACAUCCCCGAAAUCAGUACCAGUGCACGUUUUGUACAGAAACUUUUAGAACCAAGCAUGACUGGCAACGGCAUGAAAAGUCUUUACACAUGCCUCUGGAAAGAUGGAUGUGCUCUCCAGAUGGACCCAGCGCUGUCAACCCAGAGACUGGACAGAUCUGUUGCGUGUUUUGUGGUGAAGUUGACCCCAGCCAAGCCCACAUAGACAGCCACAAUCCUUCGGCUUGUCAAGAACGAACAUUCAACCGAAAGGAUCACCUUAAGCAGCAUUUACGCUUGGUUCAUAACGCUGGGCUACUUGAAUGGCCUACCAAGCUUUGGAAAAUGGCUAUUCCAGACAUCAGAUCUCGCUGUGGCUUUUGCGGUGCGCUUCUGGAUACAUGGGCUUUUAGAGCCGAUCAUUUGGCAGAUCAUUUUAAAAUGGGUCAAGAUAUGGCCAAUUGGAAAGGUGACUGGGGAUUUGAGAAAGACGUAUUGGACAUGGUCGAGAACUCUGUCCCACCAUAUCUUAUCGAAUACGAACGGUUUUCUCCGUUCCCGUAUCAGGCCAGCGAAACACCGCCGGAGUCCCCGCGAAAUGCGUUUGGUCUGCUGACUUUGGAGCUCAACCACUUUCUGGGAAUGUUUUAUGAAAAUACAGGAAGCAUGCCCGACAAUGAUGACAUUCAGCUCGAGGCUUGUCGCAUAGUUUUUGCGUCCAAGACAUCAUCAUCGCUAGAAAAAGACAUCAGCGCACAGCACGAGUCGUGGUUGCGAGAUUUAAUUACAUCUUCUCAUGAGAUCACGCGGAAGGCUCGCUUUGGUCCCAUUAGGUCAUCUGCCGAAGGCAUGAUGUCCGUCCUUCAGAUCAAAGGGAAAAAGAGUCUGUUCGAGCAAUGCCCAUGCGAAAUGCAACUUCAAACGUUCGUGGAAGCUCGCCGGAUACUGGGCUCGAGAAUCAUCAGCGAUCAAGAGCUACAGAAUGAGGCUUGCAAGAUUGUGGUCGACAUGGGAAAGAAUUGCGGUGUCUCACCUUCCGACUUCGUGGCUAAUUGGCUCAUUAACCUUAUCGGAUCAUCAACGGAAUGGCUUCAUGGGUUUAGGGCCAGAAAACAACUAAACGCUGCCGAAAGCGCACCCAGCUUCCUAAGUCCGUACACAGCCAAUGUAGUUCAGGAAGAACCAGCAGCACCUCUUACUGGCAAACAGGCCCUUUAUGCGGAGGCACAAUCGCAACAGUUGAAUAAAAUGACCACAAACAACCUGCGUGCCGACCUCCAUGACAAAGGAUUGAAGACCAGACUGGGUGAAGAUGGCAGCUCUUUCCUUUCACAACUAGGAAACUUUGACGCCAGAUUCGACAAUAGUCUGAGCCCGGCAACUUUGUCCACGGUGAUUGAGCCUGAUGUACUGACGAUGCCGAUACCAUCAAGCUCUCCCAAUGAACUUUACUCUGCUUUGGCAGCAGGGCCUGGCCUGGAGUGCCAAGGGCCAGAGAGUCCUGAAACGGAAGAGAGUAAGAUAGACAAGGACCUCCCGCCGACCUGGCCAAGAGUCAAAGCGAACUACUCUUUCUUCAAUGAUGCAAACUUCAACCGAUGGCUCGCUCUGGAAUUGAGGCGCUGGGUUGCGGCGACAAUGUCACCUAACAACCCUAACUGCCAUGUCCCAUCGGAUGAGGAGCUCCAGCAUCAGGCCCGAUUCAUUGUUUUUGAAGAUGGUGAUCCUUGGAACCAAACUUCAGCAGAUAACCUCGAAUGGCUGCGACGGUUCAAGCGCGACAUUGGCAUCUUGUCGGAAACAGAUCCAGAAUCGGCCUGGAGGCGACCUAGUACAUUUUCAAAGAAUUAA